GGGAAGUAGAGUAGCUUGCAUAUAGUACUACAGCACAUCAUAAUAUAUAGAAAGGGGGCGUGGCAUUCCUAACCCGGAAGUAAACAGACAGUCACAACUCGAGGGUAUCAGCUGAUUGAAAAGGUCAGUGUAUAUUUGCGCAGCAGGGAUCAAUCGUGCCCCGUGGCAGGAUUCGGAAGUUUGACACAUCGAUCAGGAAGGUUGGUGUGUGCGCUCACGAUUGUUUCUCCGUUUGUCUCCAUCAAAAUCAACCAGCGUUUGUGCGAUCCCUUUGUCUGACACAUUGCUGUUUCAGUUCUGCCUGUCCGUAUUACGAUGAGCGUGACGUCCCGACUUCCAGAGUUUCUGGAGAAAUGCGAGCGCGAGCGGGACAGGGCUGUGGACUUCUGGCUGCAACACUCACAUGACACCGAGCACGGUGGUUUCUAUGUGUGCCUGGACAGAGAUGGGAAAGUUUACGACGACACCAAAUACUGCUGGCUACAAGGCAGGCAGGUGUGGAUGUACUGCAGGCUGUACAAUGAAGUUGAGAAGUAUCACAGACAAGAUGUGUUACAAGCUGCUAUAGCAGGAGGGGAGUUCCUGAUGAAGCAUGUGAAGGAUCCUGACACCAUGAAGUGCAGUUUUGCUGUGACGCGGGACGGCCGGACCGUCAAGGUGCAGCGGCAGCCGUUCUCAGAGGUGUUCUACUUCCUGGGGUUGUCAGAACUCCACCGAGCAACGGGGGAAGCAAAGUACAGGGACGAGGCCUUAAGGAUGAUGGACCAGCUGGUUCACUGGAUGACCGUUGACGAUUCGGGCCUGGGACGACCCAAGUGGCCUGGUGCACCAGCUACGGAUAGCAUGGCGGUACCCAUGAUGCUCAUGUGCAUGAUUGACCAGCUGGAGACCAUGGACCCCACGCUGGCGGACAAGUAUGCCGAACUAGCAAAGUGGUGUGUUCAAAGGCUGCUCCUGCAUAUACAGAGGGAUGGUACUGUGAUCCUGGAGCAGGUCAGCCCAGAUGGACAGGAGCUGCCAGGGAGUCAGGGAAGACUGCAGAAUCCAGGACAUGCCAUUGAGUGUAGCUGGUUCUUACUCCAGUAUGCUGUUAAGCACAAUCGACCCGACCUGAAGAAAACUGCAAUCAAUAAUUUUCUCCUUCAACCCUUUGAGUCCGGCUGGGACAACAAACACGGCGGGCUGUUCUACUUCCUGGACGUUGACGGCUUCUCGCCGACCCAGCUGGAGUGGAACAUGAAGCUCUGGUGGCCCCACAACGAGGCUCUUAUUGCUUUCCUGGUCGCGUACAAGGAGACGAAAGAUGAAAAGAUGCUGGAGAAAUUUGCCCAAGUCUUUGACUACGCUUUCUCACAUUUUGUUGACCCUGACCAUGGAGAGUGGUACGGGUACCUGAGUCAGCAGGGGGAAGUCACACAGAGGUUCAAGGGCGGGCCCUUCAAAGGAUGUUUCCACGUGCCCAGGUGCUUAUACAUGUGCACUCAAAUACUCAGGGAACUGCUGACAGCAUGAGGAGCUGAAACACACAAGUCAUAUUCAUGGAUAUACAUACAGUAUGUAUAUAUAUAUAUGUCAGGGUAGAGAUUGCAAUCUGUCUAAAUCACUGAUUCUGCCAGUAGAGAUCCUGAUUGGAGUCUUUGUCGACAGAAACUGUGAUCAAGAUGCUGUUAUACACAAAUCCAAAAUUUGAAGUCAAUCCAUUGAUCAAAGUGACAUGAAUCCAAGUUGAAAAGUAAAAUGACUGUCUUUUAAGCUAAUGUCUUAAGGCUUGCAGACUCCAAUAUGGAUCUCUACCAUUAAAAUUGCAAAUUCUAGUCUCUACCCUGACAUAUUUGUACUAUUAGUAUAUAACCAUUUCUCAAUAGUACAACGUACUUCCAAUAUGUGGAGAUACUCAAUCAAUCAGGGAUGACCUUGAUGUCCAGAUAACUUCUCGUGCCUUGAUCGAGGUAUUAAAGAUUUGCCAAAUAAGAGAAAUCUUUGCAUUUUACUUUUAAGGCUAUUUCUGCAAUUAUAAGUUCUUAUUUUCACUUUUUUCACAUAAGUUUCUGUAAAAGAAACAAAAAAGUUAUGCAUAAAAGUAGAUUGGAAAUAGUGGUG